AUGUCUAAGGGUUUCAGUAACCAGAUAAAAGAGUCAAAUAUGAACGUGGUCCUGUUGGAUGGAGCCCAGCAUAUGAUAACAUGUACCCUACUAGAGUAUUUAGAUAAAAUUAUUAUAAAUAUGGCUGUUGACGGUGAAAUAGAUAUUUCAUAUGAUAUACAGGUUCCCGAGCUAAAUGUCAUUGAGAAACCAGUUAGAAAGUAUGACCACGACUUUGAAGAUGAAGAAGAAGAAACUAGGGAUGAUAGAAUACCGGUGAAAGAAGAAGAAUGUUUAAAUAGCACAAUUAUUCCGACAGUGCUAAUUGGUGCUGGUCACACACUGAAAAACCAAGUGUUGGCUUCACAGAUUGGCCAUAUGAUGGCUCAACACACUAACAAAAAUAUCAUUUUAAAUAUGUCAGGGAAACUAUUUGGGAAGCCUAGUGCUCAAAGUGAAUACCACGAAAAGGACAGCGAGUUAUUAACUAUGGCCAAGCACCUGAUUGCACAGACAUACCUUGUAUAG